AUUUUUUUUUUCUUUUAAUUAAGAAAGCCAUCUUCAUCAUUUCUAAGAAACUUAUUUAACGAAAAAAUAAUUUUUAAAAAUUUCGUCCAACCAAAAAUAAGAAUAAAAAAUAUUUUGGUACGUAGCAAACGCGGCCUAAAAGAAAAAGGGGCGCCGACAAGGCCAAUUAGCAAAGUUCAAAAAAGUAGUGAAGAAACAUGACCAUCCAUGGCAAUGUCCAUAAAAAUCUCUGCAAAAAGUAACUUUCCCUUUACUCCUAAUAGUGAAAAAUCAUUAGAUUCAAGAUUUGAACCAAAACAAAAAAAAUAAAAAAUCCAUCAACUGUCUUCUCUUUGAUAGCUCCAAAAGAAUUGAACAUAUACAUUAAGUCAAUUUAAAAUCUUGUAAGCAUGCUACUGCUACUGUCACUAUUAGUAGCAUUCACACUCUUUUCUCCAACCCCAUUUGUCCAUUCUCACUACAACUGGUCACCUUCUUCUUCCUCCACCUCCUCCAACUUCCAAUCCGAGUGGCGUCCCGCACGCGCCACCUACUACGCGGCCGCUGACCCACGUGACGUUGUGGGUGGCGCGUGUGGAUACGGGGAUUUAGAGAGAAAUGGGUAUGGUAAAGCUACAGCUGGGUUAAGUACUGUGCUUUUUGAUAAGGGUCAAAUCUGUGGUGCUUGUUUUGAAGUGAGGUGUGUGGAGGACUUGAGGUGGUGCAUUCCGGGUACUUCCAUAAUUGUCACUGCGACUAAUUUUUGUGCACCAAAUUAUGGAUUUGAUCUAGAUGGUGGUGGUCAUUGUAAUCCACCUAAUGCACAUUUUGUGCUUCCCAUUGAAGCGUUUGAGAAGAUUGCUAUUUGGAAAGCCUCUAAUAUGCCCAUUCAAUACCGCAGAAUAAAGUGCAGAAAGGAAGGUGGCGUUCGAUUCACUAUUGGUGGCGCUGGAAUAUUCUUGUCCGUUCUAAUCAGUAAUGUUGCAGGUUCAGGUGAUAUAGUGGCAGCAAAAGUUAAGGGUUCAAGAACAGGCUGGCUUCCUAUGGGUAGGAAUUGGGGCCAAAAUUGGCACGUUAAUGCUGACUUGAAGAAUCAGCCGCUUUCUUUCGAAUUGACUAGUGGUGAUGGGGGCACCUUGACAUCUUACAACGUAGUUCCAAAGAACUGGAAUUUUGGCCAAACCUUUGAAGGCAAGCAGUUUGGGUCUUAGACUCUUGCCAAAAUUGUAUCUAUUGCUCAUCUUUCUUUUGGAUUGCCCAAGAUUGACUAGCAAUGUUGGGGCAUUUUUGUUCGAGUUCAUGUUGGACAAGUGACUACCCGAUGUAAUUGUUGCUGAGCAAAGCUCUGCGAUUGUGUUGUAUGUUAGUGUUCAUUUAUUCCUUGUGAACAUGAAUGUAAUCAGAGAAGAAGCUUGCCACUUGAGAAAGCAACGCAUCAAGCAAUUGUUUUGCCAGUCAAA